AUGUUCUCCCAGUCGUUGACCAGACCUCUCUUCAAGUCAUUCACUGCCCCAGUCAGCCCUUUUGGGUUCACCGGGAUCUUUGCCAGAGGUUACAAGGUGAGAUCCGCGGUUAAGAAGUUCUGUUCCGAAUGUUACAUUGUCAGAAGAAAGGGAAAGGUAUUUGUGUUGUGCAAGGCCAACAAGAAGCACAAGCAAAGACAAGGUUGA